AUGGAGUCGGUACCGAGCACACCGAGGACGAUAGUCUCCUUUGGGCACAAUGAUCCUGAACAACCCAACAAUUGGAGCUCGAAAAAGAAGAGCUACGCACUCUUUGCGGCCAUCUGCACAGUCAUGAACAGCACCGUCUCGUCCUCGCUCGCGGCUGGGAAUAGCAAGCAGCUUUCGAACUACUUCGAUGUUACAAACGAAGAAGAGCUCGUUCUACCUACCUCGAUCUUUUUAGUUGGCUAUGUUUUCGGGCCUCUGAUAUUCGGACCCUUGAGCGAGACAUGGGGAAGGAAAUGGACGAUGAUAUGGGGGUUUCUAGGCUUCACGCUCGCUUCAAUGGCCUCCGCCUUAGCACCAAACUGGGCGGCCUUGAACGUCUUCAGGCUUUUUGUUGGUAUAUUCGGAGCUUGCCCGAUUGCUGUCGUAGGCGGAAUAUGUGCAGAUAUGUACCAUAAUCCCCAGGCGCGCGGUCGUGCAAUGGCCGUCUUCAUGGCGGCCACGACCUUCGGCCCUGUCCUUGGUCCUCCCAUCUCAGGCUUCAUCGCAGUCGUCAGCUGGCGCUGGUCCUUCUGGAUCGGAUUGCUCCUCACCGCCGCCGCGUGGCCCUUCCUCCUAACCAUGCCAGAGACCUACACCCCGGUCCUCCUCAAGCACCGCGCCGCCAAAAUCCGCAAAGAAACCUCCGACCCCAAUACCUUCGCGCCUAUCGAACUCGAGAAGACCAACAUCCACCACAUCGUGACCGUCGUCCUGACCCGCCCCGUCCGCAUGUUCUGCUUCGAGCCCCUCGUGCUCUUCACGUGCCUGUAUCUCAGCUACGCGUACGCAAUCUUCUACAUCUUCUUCCAAUCCUACCCCAUCAUCUUCGGCGGCAUCUACGGCAUGAAUGCCGGCGAGGAGGGUCUAACUUUCCUCCCCAUCGGCAUCGGCGCCAUCAUCGCCGCUGGGAUCUACCUCGCAUGGGACAGCAUCCUCGCGCGCGCGCAGAAGGCCAACAAGCCCUGGAGCCGCAGCGAGGAGAUGCGCCGGCUGCCCCUCGCCUGCCUCGCCGGGCCGUUCUUCGCGCUCAGCAUGUUCUGGGCUGGGUGGACGGCGAAGAAGGACGUGCAUUGGAUCGUGCCUUGUCUUGCGGGUAUACCCUUUGGGAUCGGCUAUCUCUGCCUGUUCAUGGCAUUAUUAAACUACCUGGUCGACGCGUACGAGAUCUUCGCGGCGAGUGCGAUGGCGGCGGCGAGCACGUGUCGGAGUACGUUCGGCGCGGUGCUGCCGUUUGCGGCGAGGCCGAUGUACAGGACGUUGGGUGUGCCGUGGGCGUGUAGCUUGCUAGGCUUCUUGAGUAUCGUGAUGUGCGCGAUUCCGUUUGCUUUUUUGAGAUAUGGGACGGCGCUGAGGGCAAAGAGCGAGUUUUGUCAGUAUCUGGCGAAGAGGAAGGCGGAUGAGGCGGAGAAGAGGGAGAGGGAGAGAGGGCUAGUGGUUAGCGAGGCGGAUUUGGAGGAGGGUGGGGGGACGAAUGAGAGUGUGGCGAAGGAGGCGUGA